AUGGAAAAUAAAAACUAUUUAAUAAAUUUAAACGGAGAAUUGGAAAUAGAAGAUAAAUAUAAUUUAAAAUUUAUAAAUAAUAGUUUAAGAAAAAUUUAUAACACCCACAAGAGUAGAGAUAUAAAAUUCAGGAUAUCACAAUUAAAAGCAUUAGAAAAACUAUUAAUAGAAAAUAAAGAAAAUUUAGUAAAUGCUGUUAAAUUAGAUCUAGGUAAACAUGAACAAGAGGCAUCAAUGGUGGAUUAUGCCCAUGUAAUGAGGGAAUUGAAAUCAUCAUUAAAUAAUAUUAAAUCAUGGACAAAAAAUAAGAAAAUUAGAACUCCAUUAUUUUUAUUCCCAUGUAGUGGUGAAUAUGUUUAUGACCCAUAUGGUGUAGUAUUGAUUAUUGCCCCAUGGAACUACCCAAUAAACCUUGCAUUAGUUCCACUAAUAGGUGCAAUUACAGGUGGUAAUUGUGCAUUUUUAAAAACAUCUAGACAUUGUUUUAAUACAAGUAGUUUAUUGUGCUCUUUAUUAAAAAAGUAUUUAGAUAAUGAAUGUUACAAAUGUGAUUUUGAAGGUGGUGCUGAUUUUAUUACAGAAAUAAUUAAGUAUAAAUGGGAUAAUAUUUUUUUUACAGGCAGUGUAGCAGUAGGAAGAAUAGUUUAUGAAGCAGCAGCCAAGCAUUUAACACCUGUUACUCUGGAACUAGGUGGUAAAAACCCAACUAUUAUUGACAGAAAUAUGGAUCUAUCUGUCAUUACUAAAAGAAUAAUUUAUUCAAAAUGUUUUAAUGCAGGUCAAAUAUGUAUCUCUACUGAUUAUAUUUUCGUUCCAAAGGAAAAACUUGAAGAGUUAAUAACAGAAAUUAAAAUAGCUUUACAUAAUUUUUAUGGGGAUGAUAUAAAAUCAAAUAAAGAUUAUGGUAGAAUAGUAUCAGUUCACCAUACAAAAAGAUUACAAUCUCUAUUUCAAUAUGGAAAAGUAGUGAUUGGUGGGGAAUGUGAUAUUGAAAAUAAAUAUAUCUCACCAACUGUAAUUGUUGAACCCGAAUAUGACUCUCCUUUAAUGAAUGAUGAAAUAUUUGGGCCUGUAAUUUCUAUUAUUACGUAUGAUAGUUUAGAUGAGGUUUUCGAAUAUUUAGUGGGUCGUCCAUCUCCCUUGGUACUUUAUUUAUUUUCAAAUUCAAAAAAAACCCAAAAAUUAAUAAUGAAUAAAAUUCCAUCUGGUAAUGUAUUAAUAAACGAUACAUGCACAUUUUAUGUUCACCCCAAUUUAUUAUUUGGAGGUUUUGGCGAUUCAGGUAUAGGUUCAUAUCAUGGUAAAAAAACUUUUAGGGCUUUCACUCAUAAAAAGUCUGUAAUGUAUACGCCAUCUACAUCAAUUCUCGAUUUUAUUAAUAUAUUAAAACUCCCACCAUACACAAAAUUAAAACAAAAAACAGUAUUAACAUUAUUAGAAAAAGGAAUUUAAAUAAAUAUUUAUAAACCUUUAUUAAAACU